CAAGACCCGAGGGCGGAGUGCAGGAGAAGUCGGAGCAGCAGUGCAGUGCAGGUGCGCGGGGGGAGAGUGAGAGAGUGACCCAGUCCCCUGAUGACGCGCCGGUGGUGGGACAUUUCUCUGUAGUGAAGCCCCCCGGUUCCACCCCACCGUCCAGGCCGGAGGGCGAGCAGCGGGAGCGGAGUGUCUGUGGAGGAGCCGGCGAGCGCCGUCAUGGCUCUGCAGGAGCUCUACACUAAAUAUAACCGAGUGUGGAUCCCUGACACUGAGCAGGUGUGGAAAUCAGCAGAAAUCCUCAAAGACUUCACACCAGGAGACCAAGCUCUGCACCUACAGCUCGAGGAUGGAACUGUCCUUCAGUACCCUGUGGAGGGGCCUGGUCAGUUACCCCCUCUCCGUAACCCUGACAUCCUGGUGGGGGAGAAUGACCUGACAGCCCUGAGUUACCUGCACGAGCCUGCAGUGCUGCACAACCUGCGCGUCAGAUUUGUGGACUCUAGAAUCAUCUACACUUACUGCGGAAUUAUCUUAGUGGCUGUCAACCCUUAUAAACAGCUCCCCAUCUAUGGAGAUGCAGUCAUCCAUGCUUAUUCUGGCCAGAAUAUGGGCGAUCUGGACCCCCAUAUAUUUGCAGUGGCAGAAGAAGCAUACAAGCAGAUGGCAAGGAAUAAUCGGAACCAGUCUAUCAUAGUGAGUGGAGAGUCUGGAGCAGGGAAGACUGUGUCUGCUCGCUAUGCUAUGAGAUAUUUUGCAAUGGUCAGCAAAUCUAGCAGCAACAAACGAGUAGAGGACAAGGUUUUAGCAUCAAACCCUAUCACUGAGGCAAUAGGUAAUGCAAAGACCACAAGGAAUGACAACAGCAGUCGAUUUGGGAAGUACACUGAAAUCAGCUUUGACAGAAGAUACCAGAUCAUUGGAGCCAACAUGAGGACGUACCUUCUAGAAAAGUCGAGAGUUGUUUUUCAGUCAGAGAAUGAGAGAAACUAUCACAUCUUCUACCAGAUGUGCGCCUGUGCAGAGCAGCCAGAGUUUAAAAGCCUAAGACUGUUGAGCGCAGACAAGUUUAACUACACCUGCAUGGGAGGGGACACAGAUAUCCAAGGAGUGGACGACCGCGCUGACAUGGCUGAAACCCGCCGCACUUUCAAUCUACUGGGACUGAAGGAUGACUUUCAGGCUGACGUGUUUAAGAUGUUGGCAGCGAUUCUGCACCUGGGCAAUGUGGUGAUCAAAGCAGUUGGCUCUGACCAAUCGUCCAUUAGUUCUUCCAACUCUCACCUGGCUGUGUUCUGUGAUCUGCUGGGAGUCAGACAAGAAGAUAUGAGCCGCUGGCUGUGUCAUCGGCGUAUUGUCCUGGCGUCUGAGACAGUGGUCAAACCGCAGCCGAGGGAACGUGCCAUCAACGCCCGGGAUGCACUGGCCAAGCACCUUUACGCAUAUCUGUUCGACUGUGUCAUCCACAAGAUAAACCAGGCGCUGCGUGUGCCUGGCAAACAGCACUCUUUCAUCGGAGUGCUGGAUAUCUAUGGAUUUGAAACAUUUGAUGUGAACAGCUUUGAGCAGUUUUGUAUCAACUAUGCCAAUGAAAAGCUACAACAGCAGUUCAAUCUGCAUGUGUUUAAACUGGAGCAAGAGGAGUACAUGAAGGAGGACAUCCCAUGGACACUAAUCGAUUUCUACGACAACCAACCAGUCAUUGAUCUGAUCGAGGCUAAGAUGGGUAUCCUGGACUUGCUGGAUGAAGAAUGUCUGUUUCCUCAGGGGACGGAUAUGAACUGGCUGCAGAAGCUCUAUAAUUAUCUGGGCUCCAAGCCUCUGUUUGAGAAACCUCGUCUGUCCAAUGAGGCGUUCGUGAUCCAGCACUUUGCAGACAAGGUAGAAUAUCAGUGUAAAGGUUUCUUAGAGAAGAACAGAGAUACUCUGUAUGAAGAGCUGGUGGACAUAAUGCGAGCAAGCAAGUUUCCUCUCUUGGCAGAUUUCUUCAAUGAAGAGGAAAAUAAUUCUGUUAUCAAAGGUGUCAAAGUGAAAGCGGCAAGACCUGCAGUCAAACCAGUCAAUAAGCAGCUUCGGACUACUGUAGGAGACAAGUUUCGCAGUUCUUUGUACCUGUUAAUGGAAACACUGAAUGCUACCACACCCCAUUACGUCCGCUGCAUUAAGCCUAAUGAGGAGAAGCUGCCGUUUGAAUAUGACUCAAAGCGUGUGGUGCAGCAGCUGCGGGCGUGUGGUGUACUUGAAACUGUGCACAUCAGCGCUCAGAGCUACCCCUCCAGGUGGACAUAUAUAGAGUUCUACAGCCGCUACAGUAUUCUGAUGAGUCAGGCGGAGCUCAGGGCGGGAGAGAAGAAGCAGAUUUGUAGAACAGUGCUGCAGAGACUUAUCCCUGACUCAAACCAGUACAAAUUUGGCCGGACCAAGAUUUUCUUCCGGGCGGGUCAGGUAGCGUACCUGGAGAAGCUGCGUUUGGACCGUCUGCGAACUGCAUGUAUAACAAUCCAGAAGCACGUGCGGGGCUGGAGGCAGAGACAAAGAUACCUGAGCAUGAGACAAGCUGCCAUUAUCAUCCAACAGUACAUCCGCGGCAAGAGGCAGAUCAGGCGCACUUUGACAGCAGCAGCACUGAAGCAGGCCUGGGCAGCAGUGGUCAUCCAGAGACACUGCCGUGGCUAUCUCAUACGACGGCUUUACCUGCUUGUUCGGGUUGCUACCAUCACUAUCCAGGCCUACGCCAGGGGGUGGAUGGCCCGCAAGCGCUAUAAAAAGAUGGUGGAGGAGCACAAAGCUCUGGUUUUACAGAAGUACGCCCGGGCCUGGCUGGUACGGCGGCGUUUCCAGACCAUGCGCAGACUCGUUCUGAACGUACAGCUCUCCUACAGAGUCCAACAAUUGCGGAAGAAAAUAGAAGAGCAGAAUAAAGAGAACCGUGGACUUGUGGAGAGACUGACCAGUCUGGCCAACGCUCAUGCUCAAGGACUGGACAGGGCACAGGCUCUGGAGAUGGAGCUUAGCAAAGCAGUCAGUGAGAAGGCAUCUGUAGAGGAGAGGGAGAAGAAGAAUAAAGAAGACACUGAUAAGGUGAUUGCACAGCUUCAGGGUGAAAGAGACAAAGCCAGACUGGAGAAUCAGACUCUCCAGCAGAAACUCAAAGACUCCAUAGAGCAGAUGACAGACAAAUUUGAGAAACACAAGAAAAAACUCAUGGAGGACCUGGAGCGAGAAGAGAGGCUGCGGAAGGUGGCAGAGCACAACAGUGAGCUGCAGAAGGAGGACUUGGAGAAGGAGAUCUUGGCACUGAAGGAGGAGAACCGCAGGCUGAGAGAGGAGAAGGUUCGGCUGCAGGCACAGAUUGAGGAGGACACACAAGUCAACAAAGAGCUGCAGGAGCAGCUCAGUCAGCUCACCAAACACGUCAAGGUGAUACCAGAGUUACGUAAGGAGAUUAACAGCCUCCAAAUGGAAAAAGAUGAAACUGACAGAAAGAUGAGGGAGCAAACUCAGCAGACCAGAGAGAAAAUGAAUUUGAUUACGAGACGGCUGCUGGGUGAGGCUAAAGAAGAGGAGCUUAUUCUCAGGAUGAAAAAAGAGGCAACAGAAAAUGCUGAUGAUGAAGGAGAUCUUCUGUUUGCCUUUGAUGGGCUGCAGAAUGCUACCAGGGUGAUGGAGACUCAGCUGAAGGAGCAAAGGGAAGGUUAUGAGAGUCAGGUGGAAGCGCUUGUCUUUAAGAAUGAUCAUCUGACUAGAGAGAACCAGCAGCUGCAGGCUCUCUUUCAGGAGAAAAGUGAUGUCAACCGCAGCAUUGGACAGGAAGUGGCCCGCCUCAAUGCGGAAAACAUGGUGAUCCCAGAGCUGAAGCAGCAGGUUUCAGAACUACAGCGACACAGACAAGAGCUGGAGACUCAGCUAAAGGAGCAAAGCGCUGAGAUGAAUGACAAAAUGAUGAAGGUAUCCAGUGAACUUCAGAGCAAACUUGAGGAGGAGCGCUCCCAACGGAGGCUCUUGGACGAGAGGAAUAGAGAGAGUGAGAGGGAGAAGGAGGAGCUGGAGAGGAGGUUGGAGGAGCUUGAGGAGGAGAUGGAGCAGAUAAAGAGACUCCAGCAGGCAGAGAGUGAAGCAAAGAACAAAUUCAGGCAGGAGACUUCCCGCCUUACAGCUGAGAAUAUGGACUUUGAGGAGCAGUUAGAUAUGAAGGACAGAACCAUAAAGAGACUGCAGGACCAAAUCAAAGCUCUUCAGGCACCUGUGAAAGUGAACCAGAAAGCUGCACCAGCCCUUCCUAAGGAAUACCUCGGCAUGCUGGAGUAUAAGAAGGAGGAUGAAGACAAGCUUGUGCGCACAUUAAUACGGGAGCUGAAGCCGAGGGGUGUGGUGGUGAAUAUGAUCCCUGGGCUGGCAGCACAUCUCCUCUUUAUGUGUGUGCGGCAUGCUGAUUACCUCAGUGAUGGAAACAAGCUGAAGUCUCUAAUGCACGCCAUCAUCACGAGCAUUAAGCAAGUCAUAACGGAUCAUCAGGAAAACUUUGAAAUUUUGUCCUUCUGGCUCUCGAACACCUACUACCUGCUCAACUGCCUCAAACAGUACAGUGGAGAAGAAGAGUUUAUGAAGCAUAACACACAGCGACAGAAUAAAAACUGCCUGCAGAACUUUGACCUGUCGGAGCACAGGCAGAUCCUCAGUGAUCUCGCCAUCCGCAUCUAUCACCAGUUCAUAAACAUCAUGGAGGACACCCUCUUUCCUAUGAUUGUCCCUGCGAUGCUGGAGCACGAGAGUCUGCAGGGCAUCUCCAGCAUGAAGCCCACAGGUUUCCGUAAGCGCUCCAACAGCCUGCUGGAGGACGGUCACAGCGAGGGUCAGGCCUACAGCAUCUCCUCCGUCCUGCAGCUGAUGAAUGCCUUCCACAGCAGCAUGGUGCAGCAUGGUAUGGAGCCACAGCUGCAGGGACAGGCCAUCCGCCAGCUCUUCUACCUGAUAGGAGCAACCGCACUCAACAGCAUCCUCCUGCGCAAAGACCUCUGCUCCUGCCGCAAGGGCAUGCAGAUCAGGUGUAAUAUCAGUUAUUUGGAGGAGUGGUUGAGGGAGAAGGGUCUGCAGGGCUGCAGUGUGAUGGAGACUCUGGGGCCGCUGUCUCAGGCUGCUUGGCUUCUGCAGGUGAAUAAAACUACUGACGAGGACGCAGCUGAGAUCCAGCAGAGAUGCUAUGAGCUCUCUCCUGUCCAGAUUGUGAAGAUCCUCAACUCAUACACACCCAUCGAUGAUUUUGAAAAGCGGGUUGCACCAUCAUUCGUGCGUAAAGUUCAGGCGCUGCUGCAGGAGCGUGAAGGCUCGAAUCAGCUCAUGAUGGAUGCACAGUAUCGCUUCCAGGUCACAUUUCCUUUCUGCCCCUCCACACAAGCUCUGGAGCUCCUCCAGGUUCCCAGCAGCCUUCACCUGGGCUUCCUCACCCGCAUAUGA